AUGGCGCCGCCGUCGUCCAACCAGCCGGCCGACGCCGCGGAAGCUGCGGCAGCCGGCGCGAUCUCCAAGGUCCUCGUCGUCAUAGCGAUGCAGACGGAGGCGCUCCCGCUCGUCACCAAGUUCCAGCUCGUCGAGGCGCCCGCCGAGGAAUCCAUAUUUCCUAAAGGUGCCCCAUGGACCAGAUUCCAUGGAGACUACAAAGGCCUCCACAUUGACCUUGUAUGGCCUGGAAAAGAUCCUCUUCUCGGAGUUGACAGUGUCGGUACAGUAUCGGCAGCUCUCGUGACUUAUGCUUCUAUACAAUUGUUAAAGCCAGACCUGAUCAUCAAUGCUGGCACUGCUGGCGGAUUCAAGGCCAGAGGGGCAGGUAUUGGAGAUGUCUACUUAGCUUCAGAUGUUGCAUUCCAUGACAGAAGAAUACCUAUUCCUGUUUUUGACAGUUAUGGAAUUGGAGCACGGAAAACAUUUGCUACCCCAAAUAUAGUGAAGGGACUCAAUUUGAAGGUUGGGAAGCUGUCAACUGGUGAUUCUCUGGAUAUGUCUCCACAUGACGAGUCGGCAAUACUGACUAAUGACGCUACGGUCAAGGAUAUGGAGGGAGCAGCGGUGGCAUAUGUUGCUGAAAUGUUCUCAACUCCUGCAAUCUUCGUGAAAGCUGUGACUGAUAUUGUUGAUGGGGAGAAGCCAACAGCCGAGGAGUUUCUGCAGAACCUGAUCUCCGUGACGAUGGCGCUGGACAAGGCAGUUACUGAAGUGGUCGACUUCAUCAGCGGGAAAUGCAUCUGUGAUCUCUGAAAUCCCAAAACUCUGACAUGGUGUUGUGGUUUCCACACACGAAGGGAGCCUGAGUGUAUUCAGCAAACACAAGACACUCGUUUUGAAUAUACUGAUGGGUGUAUAAUGUUUUCAGGGGGGUUUCACACACGCUAUUUCACAUUCUCGUGACCCCUUGUGUACAAAAUUCUUGGAGUUUACUUGGGAGCCAUUUUAUUGGAAUUUGUAGAACUUACUUGCAAAAUGUGCAUUGUAGUGAAGCUGAAUAAGGUGUUGUACUGUUAAACUAAAAUAAAUGAUGGGCAUUGGAACUCCCAUGGAUUCAUUGGAGGAAAACAUAUAACUCUAUAAUAGAUGGGUGCACCUUUGGCAGCUUCAUCACAUGUCAGGUAGCUUUGCAAA